GGUCCCAGAGUUAAGGUAGAGCUCUAUACUGUGCCCUGGAGCCGCUUGCUGUGGAGGAUUAUUUAAAGGGAACAACGGAGAAGCUGACGUCACGUCUGGUCACGUCCGGUAGAAGUCCCGUACCCGCGCUGUAGUUGAACCGAAGAAGAGCUAACAGUUCAACUAUGGCUGCAACUACACCUGUGUUAUCUGAUCCAAAUUUGUAUAGACAUAGAGGAGCCUGCUUCCCUACUGCACUGAUUACACCAGAAUAUAUUGAUUCAUUAGAGGACUUUAAAAUUAGGGUCAGUGAUGUGUUUUUGGCUACAUAUCCAAAAUCAGGUACUGUAUGGACUCAGCAAAUUCUCAGCUUAAUUUACAGUGAGGAACACAGAAAUGAGUCUAGCAAUCUUUUUACCAGUGAUAGAGUACCAUGGAUUGAAUUUAACAUUAAAAAUAUAGAUUUUGAGAGCAGUCCUUCUCCCAGACUUUUUGCUACACAUUUACCAUAUUCACUCGUUCCAAAGGACCUUAGAAAUAAAAUUGGCAAGGUCAUAUAUGUAAUCAGGAAUCCAAAGGAUGUUAUGAACUCUUUGUACCAUUUCGAACCUGUUCUUAAACAUAUUCAGAAAUCACCAUCAUUUGAAUACUUAAUGGAAAAGAUGCUUAAGGGAGACGUAUUUCCUAACUCUUGGUUUGAUCAUGUCCGAGGCUGGUAUGCUAACAGGAAUGAUUUCAAUAUUCUCUUCUUAAAAUAUGAAGAUAUGGUUAUGGAUCUACGCUCUACUGUUGUUCAGAUCUGCAAAUUUCUAGGAAAAGAGCUUGAUGACAAAUCUUUGGAUGCAGUGGUGAAACGGGCAACAUUCAAGAAUAUGAAAACAGACCCUCUUGCAAAUAAAGAAAAUGAUUCAAAUAAUUAUAUUAACAAAGACAAGGGGUCUUUUAUGCGAAAAGGGACCAUUGGAGACUGGAAAAAUAUAAUGACUGUGGCACAGAGUGAAAAGUUUGACAACAUUUUUGAAGAAAAAAUGAAAGAUGUGCCACUUAGCUUUACCUGGGAACUUCCUGAAAAAUAAAACUGCACAGAGUAGAUUAAAUUACAUUAAAAUUAAGUAGUUUACGUGCUUUUUUUUUAUACUUGCCGCUGUUUCCACGCGAGCCUUCAGGCUCGCCGGAAACUGCAUUUAUGAAGCAGCAUUUAUGAAGCCUGCUCUGAGGCCACGGACAUCAAUCUGCCCAAUUGGCCGCAAAUCUUCAGGGGGCGACAUUGCACAAGCAGUUCACAAAAACAAAAUGAAUAAUAAUAUUAAAAAUAAAACAAUUAAAUAAAACUUACUUUGAAUUUCAAAACAA